CUCAAUAGAUCCCUCUUCCAAAAGCUAGAUCUUCCUAUCUUCAUUCAUUUUUCUCUUCAAUUUCAUGCAUUUGUAGUAAUAUUUUCGAGAAUUUCGCUAUUGAAAUCGAUUUUGUGUGUGGAUUUGAGGUUGAUAUUAGGCUAGGAUGUGGAAACCCACAAAUCACACAAAUACCUGCCGCGUACCGUAAAUUCAGUUUCCAUAUCAGAUUUGUGGGGAUCAUCAUCAAGGAAGUGGAAUGGGGCUCACAUUCACCAAGCUCUUCAGUCGGCUUUUCGCCAAGAAGGAAAUGCGCAUUCUAAUGGUUGGUCUUGAUGCAGCUGGUAAGACCACCAUAUUGUACAAGUUGAAGCUGGGCGAGAUCGUGACUACUAUUCCUACCAUUGGUUUCAAUGUGGAGACUGUUGAGUACAAGAACAUCAGCUUCACUGUUUGGGAUGUGGGGGGUCAGGACAAGAUCCGUCCAUUGUGGAGGCACUACUUCCAGAACACUCAGGGUCUCAUUUUUGUGGUUGAUAGCAAUGAUAGAGACCGUGUUGUAGAAGCAAGAGAUGAAUUGCAUAGGAUGUUGAACGAGGAUGAACUUCGGGAUGCUGUGCUUCUAGUUUUUGCUAAUAAACAAGAUCUUCCUAAUGCAAUGAAUGCUGCCGAAAUAACUGAUAAGCUUGGACUGCACUCCCUCAGGCAGCGUCACUGGUACAUCCAGAGCACUUGUGCAACCUCUGGAGAGGGGCUUUAUGAGGGACUUGAUUGGCUUUCUAACAAUAUUGCUAACAAGGCUUAAAGUGAUGCACAGAUUUGUUAUUGUGGGUUGAUCCUGGAUGCAGGCGGGGUUUUAUCUAGUUAUUUUUUCUUCUCAUGUCAGUGUGGUUAUGAAUAUCUUGUUGAAAGCAUUUUGUGUUUCCUUAGGGCUUUUUGUAAUGGCUGUGUAAUACAAUGGUCGAAUAUAUGUAAUUGCUGUUUGAUUAGGUAUAUUGUCAUAAAUUUGUAAACAAAGACUAGCUUUCAUAUUUGUUAAUGGUUAAAGUCUUGCAGUCCCCUUUUCUUUUUGUU